AUGGAUCAGUUGGCAGAUGAGCUUCUAGAAGAGUUAUCAACAGAGGAUCCACUACAAGUUGCUUUGACCAAGGAUUCUUCAGAGGGAUAUGCCAGUUUGCGAAGUCAUGGCAGUGAGCUCGAUCAAGAACUCGAUCGAGUCGAGUUUCGAACAAACGAACUCGAUCGAGCUGGGGCUGAAUGCAAGGAGCAAGCUCAAGGAGAUUGGUCUGAGCUCAAGGCGCCUAAAGUCGACCUCAAACCUUUGCCUGAGGGCCUCAGGUAUGCAUUUCUGGGUGAAAACUCAACUUACCCUGUCAUUGUGAACUCUGAUUUGGAACCUGAACAGUUGAGUGCUUUGCUUGUUGAAUUGAGAAAGUACAGAAAGGCAAUAGGUUACACUCUAGAUGAUAUCAAGGGGAUCUCCCCUGACCUAUGCAUCCAUAGGAUUCAUCUAGAGGAUGAAAGUAAGUCAAGCAUUGAACCUCAGAGAAGAUUGAACCCCAAUCUAAAGGAAGUAGUGAAGAAAGAGAUACUCAAGUUGCUUGAUGCUGGGAUAAUCUAUCCCAUCAGUGAUAGCACUUGGAUAUCUCCAGUUCAUUGCGUCCCAAAGAAAGGGGGGAUCACUGUCAUUAAAAACGACAAAGAGGAGCUGAUUCCCACUAGAACAAUAGUGGGGCAUCGCAUGUGUAUUGACUAUAGGAAGCUAAAUUCAGCAUCUAGAAAGGAUCAUUUCCCUCU